UAGUAUUUCACUAAAGCAUGACUACUAUGGCGACAGGGUCCUCAUUUCAAUCGAAAAGGAUUUUUAUUGGAAUUAUUCUUUUGGUCUGUGGUAUCCUGUACUGCGUUCUCUAUAUCUUCAGUGCAAACAUUCCCACGGGAUUCUUGUUCCAAUAUCACGUUUCUGAAGGAAACAACAAUACAAGUUUUCUAACAUGUUCAAAUACAACUUCUACACGGAAACAGACAGUUUCUACAGGGAUACAACCGAUUACUCCAAAAUGGCAGCCUGUUGGAGAUGGAAAAGACCUCUUCGUUUUUUCAGCAUAUUUCAACAAAGAAAAGAAGGCCGUGCAGGUGAUAGGGAUAGCCCUUGUUCAAAUAAAGGUGAACUGCACUUGCACCUUCACAACAGCAACAGCAACGGCAACAGCAACAGCCGCAUAUGGAGAUGGAGAAUCUGUGCGUGGACACCUGGAAAUAAUACCUGAACACCACGGUAGAAGAUACGGCGCUAUGGUCAUCAGGUGUCCCUUCACUGAACACCCGAAGCUAACAACAGUGACUAUAACUGUGGGAAACUCCACAGCUUCUCUUGGCAUAACGUACCCUUCUUCCCUGAGAUUCAACUUCACAGUAUGUGUUCCACCUUUGUUUGGUGCUUUCAGAAACCCAACGAGCAUUAUUGAAAUGGUGGAGAUGGAUCUGCUACUUGGGGCAGACCGUUUCAUAUUUUACAACGAGUCUAUUUCCCCCCUGGUAAACAAGGUCUUAGAACACUACAGGAAAAACGGAAUUGUGGAAGUUUUACCGUGGAAGAUUCCAGUUCAUGACAUUCAAUAUCACGGACAGUUAGCUUCAGUACAAGAUUGCCUUAUGGCUAAUAAAAUGAAAAGCAAAUUUCUCAUCAUGAAGGAUAUAGACGAAUUUAUUGUACCACACAAACAUAAGAACUGGCAUGAGCUGAUGAAAGACGUACACGACUGUAAACAGACUAACGCCAGUGCAUAUCUCUUUCGGAAUGCCUUCUUUAACCUCAAGUAUGGUGUCGAUGUGAAGGGAUACACGAGAAAAGCAGAAUCCCAAAGACUGCAUCUAAGAAGUAUGUUGUAUGUGUGGCGAGACAAGGUAUUUCUUCCCACCAGGCAAAGAAGCAAGAUGAUGGUUCUUCCUGACCGAGUUGAAAUAUCAGGGAUUCAUUUUCUUUGGAAAUCUGUUAAAGGAUUCAAAGAAGUCACCAUUGAUACUAACAUUGCGUUUUUACACCAUUACAGAGAGUGGAAGGCUUCGGAAAAGGUUAAAGACGACAUUAUCCGAAAGUAUGGCGACCAUCUCAUAAAGAAUGUUAAUAAAACUCUCUCAUUGACAGCAGUUAAUAACACAAGGGUUGUCACAGAUCACCAUUAAUCUGAACACAUCCGUUCCUUGCAACGACGUUUCAGGGAUACCUAACGAAGGGGACUGACUGACUGAUAUAGGAGAUUUAACGUGCGCUUUCCGACUGUAGCGUAUUUCGCACACGGGCCUGGCCAGACCAUUUGGUGUAUUCCGAAAAGGGUGAAAGUGGUGUGUGCAACACAAG